ACAUUCUGCAGUCCGUUUUUUUUUUUUUUGAUCUUUUUCCUGGUUCCGUGUCGUUUUUCAGCAUGAGCAGCAGCAGCAGCAGCAGCAGCCGUGCAGCGUCCGCUACGCCUGCGCACCAUCAAGGGGCAGCUCAAGGUUACGCUCAACCACCAAGCCAAGACAACGCACAGACCCAGAGCGCUGCGGUCGAGGUCGACUACGAGGCGCUACCCGACUCGUCGCAUGUGGCCGUUCACAUGCUGGCUGGCGCGCUCGCUGGCACUGCCGAGCACUGCUUCAUGUACCCCGUCGAUGUCGUCAAGACGCGAAUGCAGAGUCUCAAGAGCGGCGAGGGAAGUAGCAAUACGUCGGUGCUGCGGGCGCUGAGGAAUCUCACACGAUUGGAGGGCGCAGGCGCGUCUGUGCGCGGAAUGAGCAUGGUCGCAAUGGGAGCAGGCCCAGCGCACGCGCUGUACUUUGCCACCUACGAGAAGUGCAAGCUCGCGUUCGCUCCGACUCACCAAAUCCCGGGCACAUCACCGUCGCCCUUCGUGGCUGCGGGCGCGGCCGUCGUUGCCACUCUAGUUCAUGAUACCUUUAUGAAUCCAUUUGACGUCAUCAAGCAGCGACUACAGAUGGAAGGCAGCCCGUUCAAGCGAGCACGAGACUGCUUCAAGCAUAUUUACCGUACCGAGGGUCCGAGUGCUUUUUACCGAAGCCUCUCAACACAGAUCGCCAUGAACAUCCCCUUCCAGACGUGCCAUUUUGUGGCGUACGAGUACUUUUGCUCGGUUCUUAAUCCCUCUGGCCGAUACGAUCCAUUUUCGCACGUUGUGGCCGGCGCAGGUGCCGGUGCAAUUGCUGCUGCCAUCACAACGCCACUGGACGUCGUGAAAACACUGCUGAACACGCAGGAGGUUACCGCCGUCUCGUCGUCCGGCAAUAAUUCCAAUAUUCAAUCUGCGGCCUCAGCAACAGCUUCCGCAUCCGCAUCAGCAUCAUCGUCGGCACAAAACUUUACUGGCCAAUCUUCGACGUCCACUCGCGCCAUCCACACUGCCACACCCUCAUCACUAGCAUCCCAAGUAUCCACAGCAGCAUCCUCGUCCUCAAUAGGCGCCUCUGCUGCAACCACUUCCUCUUCCGCAUCGCAAGCAUCACGACUCGUGAGCCAGCUGCAAGUCUUCCCGCUCGCCCACGCCCACGCAGGCGCGUCGGGCGCUGGGCUGCCACUGCUACACAGCCAACUGCACACCUCGGGCGUUGCUUCCUCGACCUCGAGCGCAGUACCGCCAGUCGUUGCAGAUCGGUCGGUGAAUGUCAAGGGCGUUUCCGAAGCAAUCCGAACAAUCUACGCCACGCACGGCCUCAAGGGUUUUCUGAUGGGUUUGCGGCCCCGCGUCAUCUUCCAAAUGCCCUCGACUGCCGUUUCAUGGCUUGUUUACGAGUUUUUCAAGCACUCCCUUUCCUCGGAUCCCAUGACCGAGCCGAAUCUCACGACUUGAUCAUUUUUUGUUUCGUCUGGUUGUUUUUCUUUCGAUUUUUUUUUUGACCGAUCUUUGACUAAUUUUUUUUUCCUUUGAAGUUUUCACUUCUCUUCUUUGGUGUCUGACACGACACUUGAUCGAUCUUGGACUUGCAAACCAAUAACCAACCAGCUCGCCGAUUCUUUUUUUUUUUUUUUCGAUGAACUUGUUUGGCCACGAAAAGUGUUUGUGCAAACUCGUUCAGAAGGGGAAAAAAAAAAUUGGAUGUGGCUGCUGUGUGUUUCAUGCUUCUUGCUCGUCAAAUAAACAUUUGAAUUCCGC